AUUUGCGACGAAUGCAUGGAACACACGUGAUUACUUUUAUGCAAUUGCAACUCGGUAUUUUUAAUUAUUGUGUUUUUAUAAAAUUAAAUUUAAAUUGAAAGUAUAAUUCAAUAUACGUUUACGCUUUGAACAUGGGGAAACUAAAGAAGCCAAAAAUCAGUAAAAUUAAAAGAAACAAUCAAAAAAAGACAAAGCUUUCAAAACAAGGGAAACUUAAGACUCGGCGACAUAAACCACUAAAGAAACAACCUCAGAAAUCAGCACCACCACAAAAAGUAGUAGAAGAAGAGGAGAGUGAUCAUGGAGAAGAUCUGAUGAAUAUGAUUGAAGAAGAUGACUUAAAUUUUAUGAAGAAAGCCAUAUCUAACAAAUCCUACAACUUAUUGAAACAUAUUCGCUUAAAUGAAACAGAUAAAGAUCAGAGUAAAAGAAAAAGAAAAAAUAUUGAAAAUGACAAACCAUUAGAAGAAAUGUAUGAAAAUAAAAUUGCUAAAAUAAUGAAAGAGAAAGAUGGAAAAUCAAUACGCAUGUUGCUUCCUAUAAAAACAAAGAAUGGAGUUUUAGAAAAACGUGUUAUUGAAGAAGAUGUUGAAAUUGCAAAUAAAGAAGACAAUGAAACCACAAAUAAUAAUAAUCAAGAAGAGAAUGGAGAAAAUGAUGAGCAGGAAAAUAGUGACACAGAAAUGGAUAUAGAUACACAUAAUAAUUUGGAAGGGAUUGAUAAACCAGUUUCUACUGUCGAACUUCUGGCAUGUCGCGAAGAUCUAUUGAAAUCUAAACGAUUAAAAAUAGGUGUACUUUCAAGUGGCAUCUUAGAAAAUCCAGAGCUCAAAUCUAGAAAUUUAAAAAUACUACUAGACAUGAUGGAUGAAAAAGAUUCCGAAGUCUACAUCACUGUCAGAAAAUUAACAACGAUAUCUCUUUUAGAAGUUUUUAAAGAUUUGCUACCAUCAUAUAAUCUCUUACAGGUUUCUCAAGAAGGAGUACUUUUGAAGAAAAAGACUCUUGCACUACAGAAUUAUGAAGCUACGUUGUUGAGAAGUUACAAAAAAUAUUUACAGAAACUCGAACAAAUGUGUAAGAUUUUGAGAAGAAAAAAAGGGGACACACGAUCCAUACACGAACGAGAAAUACAAUUAGGCGAAAUAGCUUUAUCAUGCAUGUGUGAACUUCUCACUGUUCAUCCAUAUUUUAAUUUCUCCAUUAAUGUAGCUAGUUACAUUAUUCCUUUCUUAGACAACAAACGGAGCAACAUAAGAGAAAAAACAAUGCAAUGCAUUUCUCAAGUAUUUAAAGAAGACAAACGUGGUCAGCUAUCUCUCACAAUAGUUCGAAAAUUAAAUCAAUACAUCAAGUCAAGGAAACACUCUGUAUAUCCUGAGAUCAUAGCAGUGUUGCUAUCUCUUCGCAUAAAAGAUGUUAAUCUUGAUAAGGAAAAGGAAGAAGAAACGAAGCAAAAGAAGCUCAUGUCUCACAAGCAAAGAAUUCUCGCAUUAAGCAAACGCGAGAAAAAGAAAAACAAAAAACUCGAACAAGUGGAAAAAGAAUUGCUUGAGACAAAAGCUGAAGAAAAUAAGCAGCAAAAACACAAGAUUCUCACGGAAAUAACGAGCAUAAUCUUUACUAUAUACUUCAGGGUUUUGAAACAAGCUCCUAAUAGCAAAGUAUUGUCUGCGUGUCUGGAAGGACUAGCCAAAUUUGCACAUUGCAUCAAUGUAAACUUUUACCAGGACUUGGUAAGCGUUAUAGAUAAAUUAAUAGAAGAAGGUAAUUUAGGAUUGAGAGAACAAUUACAUUGUGUUCAAUGCAUAUUUACAAUAUUAUCUGGCCAAGGCACUGCACUAAAUAUCGACCCGUAUAGAUUUUACGUACAUUUGUAUAAAAAUAUAUUGAAUGUCCAUUGUGGGAGGACACAUGCGGAAACCGAGAUUGUGCUAAAGAUCUUGAUACAAAUUCUCAUUCAUCAGCGGAAAAGAAUUACGCAAACGCGUAUGGUAGCUUUUGUAAAAAAAAUAAGCAUGUUGUCUCUGCAAUCGCAACAUAAUGCGACGCUAGGAUUUCUCGGUAUUAUCAAACAGGUUAUGCAACUCACUAAAGCUGCUCACGUUGCAUUAGACACUGAUUGCAUCGGAGACGGUCAUUAUCAACCUGAAAUUGAAGAACCUGAUUAUUGCAACGCUCAUAGUUCCGCAUUAUACGAGCUUAUUGCUUUACAGCGUCAUUAUCAUACUGUAGUACAACAACUUGGGAAAAAUAUAGCAUAUACAGUACCUACGAGCGGUGAGGGCAGUUUGACUACCGAAAUUGCAAAAUUAUCACCAGAGGAACUUUACACAGAAUACGAUCCAGCUGGUGUAGCAUUUAAACCUGCUGUACCUGUUCCAAAGAAAAUUACUGUUAAAAAAUCAUCGAAUUUAAAUUAUAGUAUGAGUCCUACAUUCGAAGAAUACGUUAAUACUUUUAACGUUGACAAACUAGUUGAAUUAGUUGAAGAUAUAGACUUUUACGAAGCUUAUACGAAUAAUUUAUGAAAUUAAUAAAACAAAAUAUGUAUAUGAAAAAUACGAUAGUUUU